CCUCCGUGGACCUGGACCUCCGACCUUAUUACAGUCCUGCCAGGGCCUCAUACCACUCUCACACUGUGGCUAGUGAGAGCCAUGUUCUCCAAAUCGCUCGCCCGAGCUGCGAAUCGCACAUGCGCCGCUGCGGCCGGAUCGAGCACAUGCACGACCAGCGCAGUCCAACGCACCACCCAGUGCCUUGCUGCGCGCCGACAGCCCCAUCAGCGCCGACACUCGAGCAGCAAGGCGUCAUCGUCAUGUCCGCCAGGGGACCCCGCGAGUGAUGGCAAGCCGGUGGCGGAGGAGAAGGCGGCCAUUGCAGAUUCGACAGCGCAGGAACAGCAGCAGCAGCAGCCGCAGCGAGGCACAAAGAGAGUCACGCGUUCCAAGCGCUCACGACCUGCUGGAGUCCCCGACAAGCAGGAAGACCAGUUUGCUGGACUUCCUGCGGUACCGGGCAUGCAAAUGUCAAGUUCUGAAUUCGGCAUGUCAUCUUUCUUCUCCCUCCAUCGACCGCUGUCGUUGACCACGACGAUACCGCCUCCUUCCACUCCCGCGACCUUUGACAGCAUAUUUGUGUCUCAAAAGCAACGAGAUCCGUGGGAGAAUGGCAACUCGGCCGAGCGAAGACCCGAGGAUGUAGUCUACGCACUGCGCCACCUCUUUGAGGACAUGAACACCCGAUCGUCAGGACAGCAGGCAGAAGAAGACGGCGUACGAUGGGAGGUGAUCCAGGACAGCUCCGCGUCAAUGUCAGAAGCAAACGGAGUGAAACAUCUUGACGGAUCACCACGCCUCAAGACUCUGGAAGAGAUGGUCGCACAAUUCAGGCCAUUUGAGGCUCCUCCACCACCUGAGCCAUUCCCUGAACAUCAGCUCAAGACUGCUGCUGCAACAGAGAAGAAGCAACGCACAUCAAAACCAAAACAGACGCGUUACGCGACCACCAUGUUGAUCACAGAAUCCACGAGCGAAAGUGGCCAAACCACGUACACGGCAUCGACUUCGCCUUUCGUCCGCAUCCCCGAAGGCCAGGAAAGUGUGACACCAGCCAUUGAGGGAUACCCACUCGCACAGCAGCAGCAGCAGGGUCGUAGUGGGUUCCGGGAGCGCAUGUACCGCAACCAGCGAGCAUUCCUGCAGCGGCGUCAACAGCAACACGAGCGGAGAGCGUCGUCCUCCAGGCCUGCAUUCAUCCGAAAUGCUCCUAGCGCGGCCCGGCUCAACCGGAUGCUACUCAUUUCAGUCAAGAGGCAACGCAAGUUGAAGAUGAAGAAGCACAAGUAUAAGAAGCUGAUGCGGAGGACGAGGAAUUUGAGAAGAAGACAAGACCGUACUUGAGGUGAUCUCAUCAAGAUGAUGGAUGAUGAUGAUUCAUCUCCAAGCAGCAGCAGGGAGGCAAGGGGGAACGCUUUGCAUGGUGGAGUUGGAAGUUACAGAGAGUGCACUUUUUCCGGAAAUGCAUAUUUGGCUUGUGGUGUUUCCUUCUUUCUCGUUCUUUUCAGAGAGAGAGGAGCAUAAAACUGACUGACUGACUGACUGACUUACUGGACUGAUUAAGUAAAGUCCCAAGUCUAAGUCCCAGUAACUAAAGUCCCUACAUAUCAGUACCAAAUAGGGUACCUAGGUAGUAGGUAUUUUUAGACUAAGGUAAAGUACCUCAGGUAGUAAAGAAGAAUAGGAGGAUCUCAAC